AUGAAAGAGAGAGAUCGAUUACAUCAACGAUUUCUACGUACGCGGGAUAUUAUAGACUGGGUCAAUUAUAAGAGCUACCGGAAUAAUGUGAAGAGAGAUCUUAAGAAGGCGGAGAAUGAGUAUAACUCUAAUGAAGUACGGCAACAUAAAGAUAAUCCGGGGUCUCUAUGGAAAAUAGUAAACCGUCUUAUACCAUCAAAAGGAAAAGAAAGACAAAUUUAUAAAGGAGACCAUAAAUCUCUUGCAAAUGAUUUCAAUCAGUUUUUUUCAUCGGUUGGUGAAAAUGCAGCAAGGGCGUCUUCUCAUCUAGAAGAUACUAACAACAUCAAUCUACGAGAAUCAAUCGAAUCAGUCGUUAUAACUGAAAUCGACCAAUUUAAGUUUAGAGCCGUAACUUGCCACGAAGUACGUCGAGUAGUUUUAUCGUUACCUCUCAAUAAAUCAUCUGGUCCGGAUAAGAUUAACCCACUGAUCAUAAAGGACUGUCUUCCGGUCAUUUUGGGUCCUUUAACGGAAAUUAUAAAUUGUUCCCUUCGUACUUCUACUUUUCCUCUGGCAUGGAAAAAGGCAGAACUUAUUCCUAUUCAUAAAGAAGGUGACCACGAGGUACCCUCAAAUAAUCGACCAGUUUCCCUUCUUGUAGUCGCAUCUAAAAUCUGUGAAAGAUUAGCUCUUGAGCAAUUUAGCUGUUACCUAACAAGCAACAACCGACUAUCCUCCCACCAAAGUGGAAAUAAAAAACUUCACUCGACAGAGACAUUAAACGUUUUUAUCACUGACACCAUCUUAAAGGCCAUGGAUAAAAAGAAACUCUCAGCUCUAGUGUUGCUUGAUCUUUCAAAAGCAUUUGACAGUAUAAACCAUCAGAGACUACUUCAUAAACUAUCAAAUGUCGGAGCAUCCAAAUCAACAGUAAACUGGUUCAGAAGCUACUUAACAGACCGUUUCCAAUCAACUCGUAUUAACUCUACGUUAUCAGAUCCAUUACCGAUAACUUAUGGUGUACCUCAAGGGGCCAUUUUAUCGCCAUUGCUCUUUUGUAUAUACCUUAACGAUCUACCCUGUGCAUCUUACAAUGGUGAUCUUGAAUCAUACGUUGAUGAUACGAAAACUUUGUUAUCGUUUCCUUUAACGGAAGCUGACACUGGAAUUAAAAAUCUGGAAGAAGACCUACAUAAAAUUGCGUCUUGGUGCUGUGAAAACAAUCUUUUGGUGAAUCCAGAUAAAACAAAAUUCAUGAUCAUUGGAACCAGGCAGCUGAUGAACGAACUUGAUGUCAAUAUUUCGAUCUCUUUUAUGGGGAAGAUUCUAGAACCAGUUGAUUUUGCCAAAGAUCUAGGACUUCUAAUGGACAGUCACCUAAGUUACGAUAAGCACAUAUCGAAUCUAGUGUCGUCCUGCCUUUAUAAACUGUGCCAGAUAAACAGAGUUAAAAAUAAUUUUGACAAGGGAACACUUACAAUGAUAAUCACUUCAUUAGUGAUCAGUAAACUGCUCUAUUGUUCCACUGUGUGGUCAAAUACAACAUGCACUAAUAUAAAGAAACUUCAAUCUAUUCAAAACUUUGCAUGUAAAAUAAUCACAGGAUCCAAGAAAUACGAUCAUGUAAGCCCAUUACUCCAAAAUCUUGAGUGGCUCACAGUUGACAAAUUACUCUAUUUCCGUGAUGCCGUAAUGACUUUUAAAUGCAUGAACAACUUAGCGCCGAAAUAUCUUUGUGACAUGUUUGAGAAACGAUCUUGUAUUCAUAAUCGGUCUACGCGGAACUGCAACUCAAUACAGAUACCAUUGUUUAAAACAGCGGCAGGGCAACGGUCAUUUUCUUUUAGAGGAGCUUCAAUUUGGAAUAACUUAGACACUGAGCUAAAGAAAUGUACAUCACUUAAGACAUUUAAAAGUCAACUUAAAGAACACUUACUGUCUACUUAG